CCCAUCUUCUUCUUUAUUCUUUUUGCCAAUAAUUGCCAGAGAAGAAGAGGAAGCAGAGGCCAUCCUUCGGACUGGGCUUUGGGUUCCAGGAAAGAGAGAGAGAGAGAGAGAGGGCUCUCUGAUGUUUCUUUCCUGGAAUCGGUCUCCCAUUGAAAAUUUCUAAGCAGAUCUGAUAAGGCUUUUGUGGGUCUUUCUUAUAUUGCAUAUGGGAACCAAAAAUGGAUUUGUAACAGAGCAGUGGUUGUCUUGGAUGCUAUAACAAGCCCACAGUAACUACCUCAGUGGAUGCUCCGUCAAAAGGAUUAACGAUUCAAGGUCGGACAGUUAGGAAACCUAGCAUAUCAGAGGAUUUCUGGACCACCAGCAUGUGUGAUAUGGACAACAGUGCAGUUCAGUCACAGGGAAGCAUCUCAUCAAUCAGUACAACCAACCAAAUUCUAGAUCCUCAUGGCAUUGCUGGGAGUGCUAACGCCCCUUCUGAAUUUGUAAAUCAUGGUCUUCUUCUCUGGAAUCAGACUAGGCAGCGUUGGGUAGGAAAUAAAAGGUCUGAGAACCGGGCCCAACAGACACGAGAACCCAAAUUAAACACUCAUUGUCUAUGCAUUGGUAAAAAAUUCUGGCUUUGCAGUUGGAAUGCAUCAUAUGAAAGUUUGCUUGGGAGCAACAAGCCAUUCCCUCAGGCAAUCCCACUUACUGAAAUGGUAGAUUUCCUUGUGGACAUCUGGGAGCAGGAGGGGUUGUAUGAUUGAUUGAGCAGCUGCAAUAUGAGAUGCUUAGAAGAAGGUUGUUAAGAUAUCAAAACCCAUUUUAGCUGUUGUAGGCAUUCCAUAGCAAGAGGGUGGGUUGAGCAAACCGCGGCUUGUAAUCAUCUGUAGCAUUAUCUGUCGCAUGCCAAUGCUUUGGGAUUUUCAUUAUUCAGGCCUUUUUAAGACUUGCCUGUAUAUUACAUUUAAAAUUGAAUUAUGGCACCGGCUGCCUGUAUCAUUCGUGGCGGCCAGUUUUGCAAAAUUUAUUUGACCAUUUUUCUA